UCUCAAUCUUUCUCAGAGCCCUAAUUUCAGCACGGCACCUCUCCACAUCCAUUCGCGCGUCGGCGGAGCGCACUCGGGGUGGAUUUCUUCUUCUUUGCGCUACUUUUGCAUACCGGCUCUGCUUCCCGUCUGAACUUAUUUGAUAGGUGCAGAACACCAUGGCCGUACCGGCUGCUCUGAUUCCCCCGUCGUCUCUGGUCCAGCCGUGUCCGAUCUCAACUUCUUCGUCAGCAUCAUCAGCAUCAUCAUCAUCAUGUUCCGCGACCGCAGCAUCAUCAUCCUCGCCCUCGGCCACUUCUGCGUCUCCUUCUCAGUCAGCGACUCAGAAUCUGUUCCGCACGGAUCUGAUCAGCACCAACACCAGCAGCAUCCCACUGGGCGGCAAGCCCGUGUAUUCUACCCCGUCCCCUGUUGAAAACACCCCGCAGAAUAAUGAGUGUCGGAUGGUGGAGCUCAGGGGCGCCAAGGUGGCCUCUUUCACGGUGGAAGGACAGGAGCUCAUCUGCCUGCCCCAGGCGUUUGACCUGUUUCUCAAACACUUGGUCGGGGGUCUGCACACCGUCUACACCAAACUCAAGCGGCUGGAGAUCACGCCGGUGGUGUGUAACGUGGAGCAGGUCCGCAUCCUGCGCGGACUGGGGGCCAUCCAGCCCGGGGUCAACCGCUGCAAGCUCAUCUCCAGAAAAGACUUCGAGACCCUCUACAACGACUGCACUAAUGCCAGCUCAAGACCCGGGAGGCCUCCGAAACGGACCCAGAGUGUGACAUCGCCGGAGAACCCUCACAUCAUGCCGCACUCGGUGCCGGGCCUCAUGUCGCCGGGAAUCAUUCCCCCCACAGGCCUCACAGCCGCCGCCGCAGCAGCCGCAGCCGCCACCAACGCCGCCAUCGCAGAGGCCAUGAAGGUGAAGAAGAUCAAACUGGAGGUGAUGAGCAGCUACCACGGAAGCAACACCCAGCAUGGGGCCGACUCAGAGAACGGAGACCUCAGCUCCAGUGUGGGCUUGGAACUGCCGUUUAUGAUGAUGCCCCACCCCCUGAUCCCUGUCAGCCUGCCUCCCGCAUCCGUCACCAUGGCGAUGAGUCAGAUGAACCACCUCAGCACCAUCGCCAAUAUGGCCGCCGCAGCACAGGGACAGAGUGCCCCAUCCCGAAUGGUGACAUCAGUGAUUAAGGAACGGGUCCCCGACAGUCCCUCCCCUGCCCCCUCUCUGGAAGACGGCAGGAGGCCGGGGAGCCGUCCCUCAUCCCAGCGCAGCAGCAGCGUCUCCAGCUCUCCCGCGCACACAGAGAGCUCCUCCGACAGAAUGCCUGUGCAUCAGAACGGACUGUCGAUGAACCAGGCGUUACUGGGCCUGUCUCCCAGCAUCUUACCCGGGCCUAAAGAGGGAGAUCUGGCAACUCACGACAUUGGCCACGAGGCCAAGAGAAUGCACCUGGAGAAAGGCAGAAAGCAGGGCUGGGGAAGUGUUGGAGAGGGUGAUAAUGACAUUAAAACCACGGUGGAAAUCACUGGGCUGCACGUCCCCUGCUGGAUCUGCCCAGAGAGGAGGUGCUGUGUAGGUCUCUCCCAUAGACCGAGCAAGCCUGUGAAUCAAAGAAGCAGUGGGAGAGGAAAGAGGGGAAUAAAGUCAUAUGUAACUCAAGAAACCCCCAUGUGCACUCCAACAGCAAGAGACAGUUAUGAGAGGCUCUCGUUGGCGGGUCAGACCUUACCUCCAGGAUUUCCCUCACCCUUCCUCUUCCCUGAUGGCCUGUCAUCUAUAGAGACCCUUCUGACUAACAUACAGGGUUUGCUGAAGGUAGCAAUUGAUAACGCCCGCGCUCAGGAGAAACAAGUGCAGCUGGAGAAGACGGAGCUGAAGAUGGAGCUGUUCAGAGAACGUGAGCUCAGAGAAACCCUGGAGAAACAACUGGCUGUCGAGCAGAAGAAUAGAGCGAUCAUUCAGAAGCGAUUGAAGAAGGAGAAGAAAGCGAAGAGGAAAUUGCAGGAGGCACUGGAAUAUGAGUCAAAACGACGAGAGCAGGCGGAACAAUCCCUGAAACAGACAUCACCCACAGAAAGCCUCAGAUCACUCAAUGACUCGUUGACCCAGGAGAUAGAGACUGACCGCAGCAGUGGCAGAACAGAUGCUGAGAGGACAAUACAAGCAGAUGGAAGACUUUUUCUGAAAACCACAGUGAUGUACUAACAACAUGGCACUGAAGACUGCCGGCGUGUAUCUUAUGAAGAUUCUCCAGAGUCCCCUCGCAGGGUAAUUUAGUUACAGAAACAGGUCAAUCGCUCAUUGAGGUGUGCAUCAAGGGUUUAUGCUUGGCCCAAUGUGGAAGACGGAUUGUGUCCGAAUGUAGUAUUAGGACUCUUAUUCUCACUGAUAUAAACAUUAUAUUAUGCCAGAUGUGGGAUUGGAUAUGAUAAGUCGGCGAAGGCGACAAUUUGAGCACAGUAAAAUGUACCGUUCGGUACACUUGGUGAUAAUAUUUACAACAAAUUCACAGCACUGAAGAUUUUUUAUACUGUAUUUAAACCAGCGAGAAAGCUUCGAAAAUUCAAUCGGAUUCAGAGGUUUUGUUUUGUAUUAAAAAAAGAAGAAAAAAAAACACAAAUCCUUAAUGUCGUAACUAUUUGCCAAGAUGUUAAAGAUCCAAACUUGGAGAAGAACCUCUGAAAAUGUGAAUUUGAAUAUAUGUUCAACAGAAAAGACUAAUAUUUGCUUUUAAUGUUUUCUAAACUAGAAGGAAAAAAAAACAAUCAAGUUUCAUUUCUAUCAUUAUUGUACAUACAAGAACAGAAGAUAGGUUAACUCACUCACUUUGGUAUUUGUAUAUAAUGUUAAAAGUUGGUAUUGUGUAUGCAGUAGAUCUAUUAGGAGAACAAUACCAACGUUUAUAUUGAAUUUAUAGAUUUGUUUUGUUUCUGAGCCAUCAUUCUUUCAAUUCGCUGCCACUAUGGUGAGGAAGCAUGCAGGCAUGUAAAUGUGUUGUCCUGAAUUCAUGUUAUUCAAUAAAUACUUAACUGUGCUGAACAAAUGUACUUAGGGUUUAUUCACUCACACCCAGUAAAAGUUGUCGAACACUACUGUCUUUUCAACAGCUACAUUUUCAAUUUGCAGUAUCAUGAAUCUGACUCUUGUAUGGAUUGAAUCUCAAGUUUGUGGAAAAGUUGUACAGAUCACUAAAUGUUACUGACCAUCAUUACACUUAAUCCGGUGUAUUACUUUCAGUGAUAGGCCACUUUAAAUAAUAAGUAUUCAAUGUAUCAUUUCAGUUCUUUAUUAUAACAUGCAACGGGUUCCCAUUAGAAAGUUGCAGACAAAUUAGUAUUAGACCAUCUGGUAGAAUAAAAAGGGAAGAUAACUGGAAAAUAAUUCUUUACAACUUCCCUAUGUGGAUGAUGUUUGACAAAAAAAAAGUCAUAUUGAAUUUAGAUUUAAAAAAAAAAAAAAUUCUGAAUUGUAAUAAUAAUAAAAAUAAAUUAUAUAUUUGAAUAGAUUGUUGAUAACACAUUGUCUGCAAAAAAAAUCAUUUUAUUUGUUUUAUUAUUGUUAUUAAAAUAGAAGAUUCAACUAUUGGACAGAAUUUAGAAUUUUGAACAAUUGCAAAGAUGACCAGUUUUCAUACUUUUUUUUUUUCUUUAUAUAAAAAUCAAGAAAUCAUGGCAAUACCAAACUGUCACAUUUAAAUAAAGAGUGAAACUAUUCAGCCGGAUGAGUUAAAUUACACUGUGCUAAUUAAUGGUAAUAUUGAAUAUAUUAAAUAAUAGAUUACAGGCUUUUAAUGUACCAAGUAGAUGAUGAUGAUGGUGAUGAGGCACUUACUGGAUAAUCAAGAAAAAAUAUGUGUUGAAAGGAUCUUUUAUUAGAUGGACGUAUCUAAUGUUACGGGGCAGCUAUUUAUACUAUAAUCAUAGACAUUAUUUUGUCACACAUUUGUCCUCAGUCUGUAACAAUUCAAAUGUUUAUUGUGUUAUACUACAUGUUAAAGUAUCUUUUUACCUCAUCAAUGAGGACUUGCCUUUAAGUUUCUUUUUAUGUGAUGUAAAAACUGUAGCAAGAUUUAUGGACAUAUUGUUCAUUAUUUCUUUCUAUGGCAGUAAAGGAAACGUAUAAAUAUUGAAAGGAUGUCUUGUUUUAAAGUGCUUUUCCCUCUUUUCUGAUCAUGUCUCCUGUAAUGACACAGUAUGUAAGAGAAAGAGUGUGUGUGUGCGCGUGAGUGUGUGAGUGUGUGUGUGUGUGUGUGUGUGUGUGUGUGUGUGUGUAUGCACACUGAAGUGUAUCUGUGUGGAACCGCAUGAGUGUGUGUCUGUUUUCUAUUCUAUGGUGUCAUAUAUGGUAAUAAAAUAUUUGUGAGUCAA